GGUUCAAUGAUUCAUCACGAGUCCAUUUAUAUCUAGAACAUUUAGAUUGUAGACCCAAACAUCACAUUUAUGUAUUCCAUCUACAUUGGUACUCAACUCUAAACUAAACCCAACAAAAUUAAUACCCAUUAUCUUAGAUGAACACACAUUUGUACGAAAGUGUUUCGUAACAGCGACAAAUUACGUUCAAUUGUAUUGUGAGUUGUUAAUUUGACGGAGCGAGCGUGCGCUGAUGUGUCUACACAAGCAUCUUGAUGAGCGGAGACAUCUCUGUAACGAGGUGGUGUAGUCAACGAGCCGUCAAAAUGUUAUUGUUGUCGUGCGCUCCGUGCCGGCUUCUAGCUCAUAACCUCAAACCUGGCCGUAAUUGUUAUGUACCAGCCGGCAAUACACUGGCGCAACUUUAUGCCUUCGGGGAUUCGGCAGUUUCAUGACCUCUAUAAACAUGGCCGAUAGAGUCGGUUUUACACGGUCCCUGGUGAACAGCUGGGGUUGUCGGUUGGCGAGGAAGCGCGCAGCCGCUCAAUGUUGUGGCGCGUGCGCGCUGCGGCCGCUCCAUCCGCGCCGCGACACAAAGCGGAGCCGCGUCCACCGCGACCCGCGCGCACUCGCCACACCGUCAUCCUCCACACACGUCCCGAACAAAAUAUGUGAUAACUGGGUGCAUUGCAACAAACGUUAGUAGUGUUUGUGUCGGUGAGCGAAGAACCAGCAGCCAUGUACAAGACGGUGAGGCACGGCGAGAACAGCCUGCAGUACACCAUCCUGCCGCAGACGGAGGAGGUGCUGAGCAACAGCGGGCUGCGCGGCAAGGGGCGCGACUACAGCCCGUCCGUGCACGCGCGGCGGCGGCGGCGCUCGCCCGCGCGCUGCGCGCUGCUGCUGGGCGGCGCGCUGCUGGCCGCGCUGCUGCUGGCCGCCGUGCCCGCCGCGCUGCUGCACGGCGCGCUGCUCCCGCGGCCCAGCGUGCCCGAGCCCGCCGCCGCCGCCGCGCCGCUCACACCCACCGCCCGGGAUAUAGUCAAGUCGAGGAAGAAAGAGUUAAAACUGUCCCCGGAUAUCGUGACUACGUUAAAUUCCAAGUUCGAGAGCACACGGAUGUCAUCGCUGCCCCCCGCGACGACGACGCCGGCGCCGGCGACGCCUGCCGACGUGGUGACGUCGCUGGUGUGGACGAUGCCGGCGCUGCGGCCCUGGCGCUCCGGCGCCGCCACCACCGUCCCCCCGCUGCCCACGGAGGGCGGCGAGGCGGACGCGCCGCGGGGGACGUCGUCGGGGAUCAUCCCGCUGCUGGACUACAUGUCGGUGCGGCCGUGGGACAAGGACGUGAUAGUGCGGGCGACGGCAACGCCGCGGACGACCGCCCCGCCGCCGCCGCGACGCACGCGGCCGCCGCUGCCCACCGCCCGGGUGCUGGACGACGUGCUCAUCACGACCCGGCCCAGCACCGCCGCCGCCGCCGCCACCACGGAGAUCAGCAACCAGAGCUUCAAGGACCUGAAGGACACGCUGCUGUCGGUGGACGACGACGACGAGUUCAAGGAGUCGCUGGAGGUGGACGAGGUGUUCUCGCUGCCGCCGCUGCAGCCGGAGGGCGCGGCGGGGGGCGCGGGGGGCGCGGGUGACGAGGUCACGGUGGCCCGCGCCGGCGGCUGGUACGGCGCGCGCUGGCCCUUCGUCGACACCUCCUCGUACUUCCAGUGGUCGGGCUACUCUCCAGGCGACAACCUGUUGUUGCCGCUGCUGGUAGCGGCGCUGUCGUCUCUAGCCCUGGUGCUGCUAUUGGCCCUGGCAGUGAGGCGGCGCAAGCGCACGCACGCGCCCGCCAAUAGCAUCGGGUUGACUACGGACAUGCAGGCGGAUGACAACACCAACCUGCUCGCCGACACCGCGGAGGACGCCGAGGAGUGAGCACCAGCUUGCAGCUUCAGAACUUAUACUUAAUGAAUGCCCAAUGAACAAACAACCCGCACAACCGUAGCCAACCUGGGCUUAUACUGGACGCAGUACUUAUCUUGAGCGCUAUUGGCCUGUGAUAAAUUGAUAAUUUACUUACGUUUCAUUGGUCGAAGGGGCAUCCACCAGCUCUGGCCAUUGGCUACCGAUUGUUACUGCACAGAGACAGAGCGCUCAAAAUUCGUCCGCUGUCCAAAUAUUAUUCUCAAAACUAUCUGGAAGGAAUAUUUAAAGGAAAUGUAAUUGUGUAUGUGGAAUAAAUGUGUGCAAUAAGGAUUGGUAAGGAGGGUAAGUGUCUGAGAUAUCGCUAGUUUAAGAUUUGUACUCAUAAGGAUACCUAUGUGAUUAUGUAAAUGUUCAGGCACCAAGUAAAUACUUACAUUAUUGCGAACAGUAUCGAUCGGAAGGCAGCCAUUUUCACAGACGGAAAUAGAAAUCCUUAGUUUCCCUGCUCGAGUUUCCAGGACGUGUCCAUAGCGGAGGAAAUGACGUCAUCUUCACGUGCAAACGCCCAACUUUCUACGUAUUAACUUUGCAUAUAAAGCAAUCUGAAAUUUUGAGCCACAGGACGUUAUAAAAGGUCAUUUGAAUAAUCGUCGAAGAUAUGUGCCAGAAGGGAUGACUUUCUUCACAAACAUGUUUUGAAUGUGCCUUUUGUAAUAACUGAAUCCGAAAUAAGGUAGAUUGGAAAUAAUUGCCACGCUAUGUGUAUAACUACGUUUGGAGUGUGCAUUGGGCAUUCGACGCACCUUGUAAUAUUUAGCAGCCAUAGACUAGUCCUCGGAUGCAGGCACGUAGGGCCGGGACGUUAUUCAAGGCUUCGCCUGCAGUCGGUCCGGGUUAUUUCAAACUUUCAGUGCCUAUUGUUUGUAAAUAAGAAUACGAUUUGGCCGCCGCUGAUGUAAUCCAUAACAGCACGACAGUUGCGUCACAAGACUCACGAGUGGCCCAAAGUUAGAUUUCAUGUUCAGAGAUACGAUAUAAUAAUGUAGAUUAGUGUAUUUUGUAUUUUUUUCGUAAUUAGAGAAGAGGAUUUAACACAAGCUAAAAGAAACAAAAACGUAUUUUUGUUACGGAUAAAUAUUUUUCGAGUGAUGAAAAUUUAGCUUAGUAACUUUUUUUAAUUCAUGAGCUUGGAAUGACAUUAAGUAUUGCUAAACAGCGUUCAAACAUAAGCUUAGAGAGCGGAAUUCCGAGUAUAAAAUAUUGAAUAUUCGUUAGCAAUUUCAUUGAGGCUUAUGGACCAUAAUCGGCUUACGGUAGCUCGCUAAGGAACCACGUAAAUAUCAUACAGAGCGAUGCAGCGAAAGUAACACGUAAUACAAAUAUGUUUAGGUUCGUUUCACAUUGAAUAUAAACCAAGUGAUCUCAUGGUAGGUAAGUUUGUAUGUAUAUCUUAUCUCUGAAAAUAUUGAACGACAAGUUUCAACUCUCGUCAGUAUUAAACAAAACCCUGUGGUAUUAUAACUGUAUAAGCAUAUAUAAUAUUUAUUUUUUGUGUAGUAAUAGUUUUAAGAUGAAAUAUAUAAUUCUUGAUGUAACAUCUUUACCUUGUGUAUCAUGAUCACUCUGUGUUCGUAUUCUUUAUCACUUCUACACACUUUCAAUACUUUAACAAAUGCUUAAAUCAUUUUAAUCUAGAUAUUAAGACUGAUGUAAUUAUUUUACAAUUCAUUUUCAUCACGAUGAUAUCGGAACGUUGCCUAGUUAUUGUUGAAAGGACACUUGUGUUGGGCCUAUUUAUUCACGUAUUACUUCUCAAC